UUGUGUGAGGUGAGCUAAAGGUCCCGAGCGAGGCUUUCUGAAGGCCCUUUGUUUCCCCCCUUCAUGCGCAGCGUUGCUUCCACACAGUGACGACGAGUGGUCCUCUGAGUGAGCCCAUUCCUGUUAGCCAUGGCUGUGAGUAUGCAUUGUAGCCAGACUGCGGUGGUGGGAUCUGCUGCAGUGAGGAGUGUAGAGGUGGGAGUUGUCAGGAGCGGUAGCAGAAAGGUGUGUUUCUCUCCUUUCAUCAACGCUGGAGUUCGACAUUCAGUGCAGAAUGGAAAGAGGUUUAUCGCUGGUUCGGUUUCCGCAUCUUCUCACACGAAGAGGUCAGGAUCUGUGAGGAUGGGUUAUACUGAGAGCGGUCCGACCGUGGCGAUUGUGGGAGUCACAGGAGCCGUAGGUCAGGAGUUUUUGGACGUGUUGACGGAUCGGGAUUUUCCUUACAGGGAUAUCAAGAUGUUAGCCAGCAAGCGGUCUGCAGGUCAGAAGAUGUCCUUCGAGGGGAAAGAGUAUGUUAUUGAGGAGCUUACGGAGGAGAGCUUUAAGGGCGUGGAGAUUGCCCUGUUCAGUGCUGGCGGGUCGAUUAGCAAGAAGUACGGCCCAUUGGCUGCAGCGCAGGGAACGAUUGUCGUGGACAACAGCUCUGCGUUUCGAAUGGACGAGGGCGUGCCGUUGGUUGUGCCCGAGGUGAAUGCCGAUGCCAUGUCUCACAUCAAGUUGAGUAACAAGAAGGGAGCUCUGAUUGCCAACCCAAAUUGCUCGACCAUCAUCUGUCUCAUGGCUGCGACGCCCCUGCAUCGGCACGCGAAGGUGAAAAGGAUGGUAGUGAGCACCUACCAGGCCGCAAGUGGCGCCGGCGCUGCUGCAAUGGCGGAAUUAGAACUUCAGACCAAGGAAGUCCUUGAAGGAAAGGAACCCACCUGCAACAUCUUCAAUAGACAGUAUGCAUUCAACCUAUUCUCUCACAACUCACCUGUCACAGGCAACGGCUACAACGAGGAGGAGAUGAAGCUCGUCAAGGAGACUCGCAAGAUCUGGAGCGACAAUGACGUGAAAGUCACCGCCACGUGCAUUAGAGUCCCUGUGAUGAGGGCUCACGCUGAGAGCAUUAACCUUCAGUUCGAGACACCUUUGGACGAAGAGAAGGCUCGUGAGAUUCUUUCCCAGGCUGAGGGAUUAAUUGUUAUCGACGACCGCGCUGGUAAUAACUUCCCCACGCCCCUUGAGGUUUCCAAGAAAGAUGCCGUUGCAGUCGGGCGCAUUAGACAAGACGUUUCACAAGAAGGAAACCAUGGCCUGGAUAUUUUCGUCUGCGGAGAUCAAAUACGCAAAGGAGCUGCUUUGAAUGCCGUCCAGAUUGCUGAGCUCCUUCUAUGAUAGCAUAUUAUGUUGAACAAUUUUUCAGGGCAUUCUCAAGGUACAUCUUUCUUUUUGUGAACCAUUAACUAGCAAUCAAAUAUUCUGGCAUCCUGAUAUUGUUAAGAUCUGACUGCACUAUUGCGUCUGAUACCGUUUAGCACUCAAGAAGGUUCUGGAGACUUUACUCUGUAGAGGAUGAAUUGCUUGGGAAGAGUUUGUCCCCUCAGAGCUGAGGAGCGGGGUUGCCAUGGAGAUGGAUUAGGUUUUCAUGGUUGUAAGUUUGUUUGUCUGUAUGAAUGAAAUAGGCAUCCCGAGGUAUCGUGGGACUGCACAUUUUGUCUUACAGAAGCCGAGUGCCAAUCUGUGUGGCAGCUUCAACAAUCCUCUGAGUUCUGUGAACAUUAAAGCAUGUGUGAUGUAGAAGGUAAUGCCAGUUCUUAGGUAUGAUUCUUGAGGUUUUUGUUAGGAUGUUUGGCAGGGGACGCACUGUCCAUCUAUUAAAUGUUAUCAUAAGGUUC